UCAAUUUAUCAAUCAACCAUCGAUGGUUACACUAAAUGUACUUACUUUAGAUAGAAUUUUUAAAUCACAUUAAUCAUGAAUAUCAGAAAACUAAGUCCUGAACUAACAAAAACCGCUCAGGAAAAUCUAGGAGAAAGACCAGAUCACUUACUUGAUGACAUAGAGGCUCUUCGAUCGUGGAUAAACAAACAGCCACAUUUGAUUUCUCGAGAUGAUGACCAGUUUAUUGUAACUUUUCUUCGUUUUUGUAAAUUUAGUCUGGAAGAAAGUAAAAGACGUCUUGAAGCUUAUUUAACUUGUAAGACUUUCUACCCUGAACUGUUUAGAGUACGUCCUGUUGAUUCAAAUGUCUUGGAUAUUGUUCGAAGUGGGUUCACAUGCACUCUACCAAAUCCACAUCCAACCAAUGGCUCGAGGAUAUGCAUAACACAAUUUGCUCAAUUUGACCCACAAAAGUUUAAACUCCGAGAUAUGUUCAAAGUAAAUUUCAUGCAAUUUGAACUUCUGGCUUUUGAAGAUGAUGUUGCUGGUGUCAACGGAAUAGAGCAAGUCAUAGAUUUAAAAAACUGCACAUUCCAACAGACACUUCAUGUUAAUCCAAUAGAUUUAAGAAAAGUCUCUACUUAUCAUGAAAAAUGUGUACCAUUUCGUAUCCAUAGAGUACAUGUUAUAAAUUUCAGACGAGAAUUGCAAGGAAUUUAUAGAGUUGCUGUAGGAUUUGUGCCUUCAGGAGUGCCAUUUGAGAUCUUGUUGCAUGAAAAAGAAGAAGACUUAUUCAAUUACAUUCCUCAAGAGUCCUUAAAUGAUGAUUAUGGAGGAUCAAAUGGAAAGAAAACUGAUUUAAUUGAAGAAUUAGUCAAAAGCUUUCAGGAUCAUGAAGAAUAUUUUCAAAAAGAUGAAAUUUUAGGUACAAAUGAAAAACUUCGACGUGAGCCUUAUUUAAAUCUUCAAACUGAUUUUGGAGUUGAAGGAAGUUUUAGAAAAUUAGAAGUUGACUGAAAAACUUGUUAUAUUUUUACAACAUUUUUUGUUUUUUAC